AUGAUGAUAAUUAGCACAUCCCUCCUUCAUCAUCCUCCAUAUCUAGUAAAAUGGCCAAGAGGGAAUAGUGAUGUAGUGGUAAAGCACUUUCUCAAUUUCGUGGAAAUUCGGUGGCCCGAACGGAACGGAGGAGGAAGUACUUAUGGGCGACUUAUAAAGUCCAGAAAUCAUACUAAAGUUGGGCAGAAAGUUCCAUCUUUCCCUGCGGGAAGAGAAAGUAUUCGACAUCAGCAAAAGGAAACUGACAGUAUUUUCAACUACAUGCUAGUGGUUGACACAUUUUUCGCGGACGGGUCUGGUUCAUUCGCACCUAGAGGAGGAGAGAAUCGUAAAGCCGUAAACAACUUGCCACCAAAACAAAAAGAAUCGGGAGUUAUACGCGCCCUAGAGGAAAAUCUCUCAUUCAAGACGAUUACAUUUGAAAAAACAAUAAUUUCCUUGGUGUACACUUCCCCUUUGACGAUAAAUAACUGCGGAGGGAGGCAGGAAAUGUGUAUUGUUGUAUUGUUUGCCCUCCAGAAAAGUCCUCCUCGCCCAGUUCACCUUACAUCUAUUCAUAAUUACAGAGUGCCUAAAUCCACACAUUUUGUCAAGAAACUUGCUCACAUUAACUCCUUUUUAAUUCCAGACGAGGACUAA